CAUUUGUUUGCUUUGGCGAUAGUUGACUAUCACAAAUUUACCUGCUACACAGACUUUUCAUUCUCGCUCUCCUCUUGGAUGAUUAUCACCUUCAUCCUUCGGAGAGCAAACAAAAUGUCACGCUACGCCAAUCUCACUCGCGAGCAACUCAUCCAAAAACUCGAAGCUCUCGAAUGCACUUCCCUCGUCCCUUCGCAGGAACCUCUCCCGCCCCAGACCGCGACGGCCACUAAACAAGAACGCAGGUCCAAAAAGAAGGCUGAAAAGCCCUUCCACUUCCCUGCACACCCUACCCGCCACAUCGCCCUUCUCAUCUCGUAUCACGGCUGGCCUUACUCUGGUCUUGCACUACAAGCGCCCGCUACGCCCGAUGGACCGCCCGUCCCUACCGUCGAGGCGGAAUUGUUGGCAGCGCUGGAGAAGACGAGGUUGAUUGCGGAAGGAAAAGGAUGGGAAGGGUGUGGGUUUGGGAGGUGUGGACGGACGGAUAGGGGGGUGAGUGGGGAGGGACAGGUGGUUAAUCUGUGGGUGAGGAGUAGUAGGAAAAGAGGAGAUGGUGGUGGGGAGUUGGGAGAUGGAUGGCGGGAUGCGGUUGAACCGGAAGUGGAAAAGAUGGAAAAGACUGUGAUAGUACAGGAGGACGAGGAAAAGGGAGUGAAAGAGAAAAAGAGCAAAGUCAUCCAGCCUCCUCGACAACCGAGCGAGUUUCCAUAUCCAAAACUUCUCAAUUCUGUUUUGCCACCUUCUAUCCGAAUCCUCGCAUGGUCUCCUAUCCCAGCAUCAUUCGAUUCACGAUUCUCCUGCACGUAUAGACAUUAUCGUUACGCCUUCCACACCCGACCCACACCUACUUCUCCUGAACUCGACCUUGAGCUCAUGCGCCAGGGUGCUCAGCUCUUACUGGGCGAACACGAUUACCGUAAUUUCUGCAAGCUAGACGGGUCGAAGCAGAUUGAGAACCAUACGCGAGGCGUACUGAAAGCAUGGUUCGAAGGAGGGAAGAGUCAAGGUGUAGGCGAUGGGAUGAUGGUAUUCAACUUAAUCGGUACCGCUUUCCUAUGGCAUCAAGUUCGUCAUAUCAUUGCCGUCUUGUUCCUCGUCGGUGCGAAACUCGAACCGCCCUCCAUCGUAUCUGACCUGCUCGACGUCAAGCGCUUCCCUUCAAAGCCCAACUAUACGAUGGGUCACCCUUUGCCUCUCACUUUACACCAUUGUGGGUAUCCCGACGACCUGAUCGAUUGGCGGUUUGGGGGAUAUGACGGUCCUUGGCAGAGAUUAUCGGAAGAUGAAAAGGAGAAAAAAUACAACCUCGCCAUGGGAGGAAGAGAAGGUUUAGACAGACAACUCGAAGUUGCGCGCCAGGAAGCUCAGCUGCGAAGUUGGCAAAUAUCAGGUUCUUUACGGAAACUUGAUUCCAUCUUUGGCCCCUCACGCGCUGAGAAAUAUGCGGGAGCGUUAUGGCCGAUAGGCGGGGGAGAUUACAUGAUGAGUGGAAAGUAUAAGAAGGUAGAAGAUCGACCGAGGGGUGAGACCCCGGAUGAGGUGAAUAGGAAAUGGAGAGAAGGCAAGGGGAAGAUUAGGAAAGAGGCGAGGGAGGCGAAGGGGAUGGAUGUUGACGAGUAAUGACGGUGUGGUGACCCUCAUGCACAUACAAUUGUAGAUUAGACC